AUGAUAUCUACUCACAUGACCAAAGCCAAAUUGGAGAUACUGUUGAGCAGAGACGAACACAUCAAGUCGGUGUUAGCCGCGGUCAAUGAAGAGCUCGUCGAAUUACGCAAAGAUCAAAACUCGUACAAACCGAUCCUCAAGAAGUUAAUACUUCAGGCCAUGUAUCAAAUGUUGGAAAAAAAAAUAGAUUUGAUUGUGAUACCCGAUGACGUCGACACGGUGAAGUCGAUGGUUGAAGAGCUACAAGAAGAUUAUCUGGCCGGCACAGGGUUGAACGUGGAUAUCAACAUUGACAACCGCUUAAAGUUGUCCGACCAAGAGAUUGGCGGCGUCAUGGUGACUGCCCAAAAACGUAGGAUAUUUGUAGACAACACACUGGUGAUGCGGUUGAUAUAUUUAGCUAUUCAAGCGGUACCACUCAUACGCAGUGGACUGUUUGGGCCAAAACCCACUAGAAAACACCAAUCCACAGACUGA